AAGAGCCACAGAGAAUGGAUCUGAGAGAAGCAAGCUCUUCACUAGAUACACUCGUCUCCUCGUUCAACGCUCGCAUAAUGGAGCUCCAGGAGCUCGUCCUGGCACGCAACAUGCCUUCCACCAGCAUGCCCGAUCUCACUGCCAUGGAUUCAACCCUAACCGCGAUGGAGUCUCAAAUUCAAGCAAUCAAGAACCGGUUACAAGAGGAAAGAAGUGCGAUCCCCAAAGCCAAGAAGCUCAUCCAGCAAUCUCUGCACCAGCAAAAGAAGCUGCAUCACAUGCUCGCGAAUAUGCCAUCCGGGAUGCGCGAAAACGUGGAGUUGUCAGAUUUCGGUGUUAAUGCUAGUUUUAAUCUAAACUUGAUAAGCCAGAAUACCCUUACCGAAACUUCCAUAUCCAAAGAUGAGAUUGUUCUUGUUCCCAAGGAGAAAAAGGGUCGUCGUCCUGCACCACGUUGGUAUGUAACUGCUUUAGAGCUUGAUUCCUUAUCAACUUACAUGCGGGGCAGGCUGACUUUAGACAAGAUAAAUAUCGCUGUAAAUGAGAUGGCUGCACAUGCAGAUGCCAAUUCCCAACUUAUUGCACGAGAUAGGAAGAAGCUAUCAGAUACUGAAUGGGAUAGGGCUUUGGAAUUAAGAGAUAUUACAAUGUCACCAGAAGUGAAAGGCAAACACUUCCUCCUUGAAUCAGAUAUAAAAGGGCCAGGAUUGAAACUUGACAACACAGGGAAAGCCACCUUAACUGUACUUCGCCAUCUUGGUCGUAUUCAAGAAUUUCGGAUUGGUUUCCAUCGAAUAAUGACACUUUUGGAACCUCAGUGAUGUUUUUGCUCGUCUCUAGGAAGGCACCAAAGCCUUGAGGUAGGUGGAAGCCUUUUAACCCCUUUGUUUGCUAUCCUGUUUGUCCUUCGUGUUGUUUUUACCUAAGUCAUGUUUUCCAUUAAUAACCAUUUUAAGCCUA